GCAGCAAAGCAAAAGCAGUAAAGCGAAAGCAGUAAAGCGAAAACAGCAAAGUGAAAACAACAAAGUAAAAGCAGCAAAGCAAAAGCAGCAAAGUAAAAGCAGUAAAGGUGGCAAAGUAAAGGCAGUAAAG